CUUCUUAUCUAUUUAUUUUAUAAACCCCUGAAGCUUUAUCAUUCUUAAAAGCUCUCACUAGCAAACAAGCAAGCAAAAUAUGGAGUCAAGUGGUGCUUGUAGAGAUAUUUGCUUCUCACCUUCAAAGACUAAUGGAAGAGAGAAAGGAGAGAGAGUAAAUUCUUUGUCCUCUUGGGAGAUGGAUUCACUCAUCGCGCUUUGUGACACCUUCUUGCCGUCCAUUGAUGUUUCCAACCUUACAACCGAUGACUCUGUUGUCAAAUUCUACACCACUUCUGCUUCUAUGGCUGGCACUCCAGAACGAGUUGGGGCACUGAUAAGCGACAGACUGAAACACCCAAAGAAGUGGCUGAUGAGAGUGGCAUUAUGGGUGUUAUCAACUUGGAUUGGGACCUUAAUACUAUGUGGGAGAGCAAGCCUUUCUAGUCAAUUUCCAUACUUUAAAAGAUUUUCUCGGGUAUCUCCCCAAAAAAGAGAAGAAAUAGUGCUUUCAUUAUCUCUUAGUUAUUUCUAUCCACUAAGAAUGCUCAGCAAGGCCAUGAAGAUUCUCACACUCUAUGCUUUCUUCACUCAGGUAGAUGGGAAGGAUGAGAACCUAUCAUGGAAAGCAAUUGACUAUAGUGGACCCGACCCAGAAUUCAAAACCCAAACUGAGCAGUCCAAGGCAUUAAAAAAAAUUGGAUAUAAAGAAUCUGAUGAAGAAGAAGAUGGUAGUGAAGAAUGGUUUUGUGGACCUCUUUACAGAGGCCUCAUCAAUCUUAAAAAACCACGGGACAUGGCUGCAAAUACUCUACGUCAACUUGGAUUUCCUGUCUCAGUUCUUUCUCAAAAAACCAAUCAUCCCAGCCUAUCUUGUCCUUCUUUAAUUAUCCAAUGUGAUGCAGUAGUGAUUGGUUCUGGCUCAGGUGGUGGUGUUGUUGCUGGUGUUCUAGCAAAGGCCGGUUACAAAGUGCUUGUAUUGGAGAAAGGAAACUAUUGUGCCAGAAAAAAUCUGUCUCUUCUUGAAGGCCCAACUAUGGAUCAAAUGUACCUAUCCAGUGGUUUGUUGGCAACUGAUGAUAUGGGUGUAUUAGUACUUGCAGGCUCCACAGUCGGCGGAGGCUCUUCAAUUAACUGGUCAGCUUCAAUUAAGACACCCCAGCAUGUAAUUAAUGAAUGGCGUGAUCGCUAUGAACUUGAACUAUUUGGCAGUGAACUAUACAAAGAAGCUUUGGAUGUUGUCUAUGAAAAAAUGGGAGUUCAGUCUGAAUUCCAAGAUGAAGGAUUCAAUAAUGCGGUCUUGAGACAAGGUUGUCAAGAAUUGGGUUAUCCUGUGGAAAACAUACCAAGAAAUUCUCCACCGGAUCAUUAUUGUGGUUGGUGUUGUUUUGGCUGCAAGGAUGGAAGAAAGAAAGGCACGUCCGAAACAUGGCUUGUGGACUUGGUAAAUUCAGGCAAUGGUGCAAUUCUUCCCGGUUGUGAGGCCAUUAAAGUCUUAACCAAGACAAAGAAAGGAAGAGAUAGGAAGACAGCAACUGGGGUUGCUUUCGAAUUUGAGUACAAUGGAGCAAAAGACAUUGCCGUGAUAGAGUCUAAGGUGACUAUAGUUGCGUGUGGCGCCAUCAGUACACCUGCAUUGUUGAAAAAAAGUGGCUUGAAGAAUGGUAACAUCGGUAAGAACUUGCAUCUCCAUCCAGCAACAAUGGCAUGGGGCUACUUUCCAGAUACACCUUUACCCAAUGUUUGGCCAGAGGAAGACAAGAAGAGCUAUGAAGGAGGGAUAAUGACAGCAAUGUCUACAGUUGUUGCAAAUUUGGAUGGGUCUGGAUAUGGUGCCGUAAUACAGACGCCUUCAUUGCACCCUGGUACAUUCUCAAUUUUAAUGCCAUGGAUUUCUGGGACAGAUAUAAAAAACAGAAUGUGCAGGUUUUCUAGGACUGCCCAUAUAUUUGCAUUGGCAAGGGAUAAAGGAUCAGGAACAGUGGUUUCACCAAACUCAAUCAAUUACCAAAUGGAAGUUGCUGAUGAAGAGAGUCUAAAGAAAGGGCUAGAAAAGAUACUGAGGAUAUUGAAAGCAGCAGGAGCUGAAGAAAUUGGGACUCAUCACUGCAAAGGAAAGACCUUAAAUGUGAAGAACGUGGGCUCAACUGAGUUUGAGAGGUUUGUGAAAGAGGAGAGUUCAAGGCCAUUGAGAGGCCUUUCGACGCCGAUAUGUUCAGCACAUCAAAUGGGGAGUUGUAGGAUGGGGGUUGAUCCAAAGAAAUCAGUGGUGAACCAAAUGGGAGAAGCAUGGGAGGUAGAGGGAUUGUUUGUGGCAGAUACAAGUGUGUUUCCAACAGCUUUAGGUGUUAAUCCAAUGGUCACUGUUCAGGCUAUUGCUUAUUGCACUGCUCAAUCAGCUCUUCAAGUUCUUAGGGGGAAAAUAUAGUGUUAGAUUUUAUACUUGUUGAGGAUAGCAAACUAGUUAAUUCCAAUGUUUUCAUCGACUCCCUCGAGGCAGAGGCUCGAGGACAUUAUAAAGCUUCAUGAGCACACCAGAGUAAAUAAUACCAAAAGAACGACAAGGCAAUUAUGAUC